AUGGCAGAACAACAACAGCAACAGCAACAGCAACAGCCCCUCUUCGGCCUCCUGCCCGCGGGGCAGCCUCUAAUCACGGUACCUUCUUCGAUACCAAGCCCAACAUCUUUUCUCUACGCGAUCCCCUCAACGACACCCUCAAACCCCAAACCGUUCUCACAUCUUGCAAUAUUUCUACUGCCCGGCGUCACACUACCUCCCGAUACCGCCGCGGCCAUCUACCUAAUCACGAACCCACAAGCCCUCGCCUCGGGCGGACAGCUUAACACGCGCUUCCUGGGCGGCGUGGGGCCGGGCAAAGAGAGCGCCGUGUUCAAGCUCGGCGGCGGCCAGGAAGGCGUGCUCAUCGGCGUCAGCGUUGAGUCCGCGGGGAGCGUCGCGCAGAGCAUCGAGCAGCAGCAGGCGGCCAAGUCGAUAGGCACCAAUGACUCAACAGGUGAGCUGGUUAAAGCCGGUGGUGUUGGUGGUGGGCAGCCCUCGACGCUGGUCCUCGCGCAAAGAAUUAUUCAGAAUGCCUUCAACUUCCUGGCGAGUUUCAGUGGGCAGGCCGGCAAUACUGAGGUCGUGCCGCUGAAGGCGUUUGAGGAGUGGUGGAAGAAGUUUGAGAGUAGGGUCAGGAGUGAUCCUAGCUUUCUGGAGAGGGAUAGCAAUUGA